GAACGGUAGAGGUCGUUCUUCCAGGGCCAACCCCGACAGCGGGGGCUGCUUUCCGACUGCGGCUCCUGUUCGUGGGUGUCUCCCGGGCCCCAGCAGGCAUUACUAUUAGAAUGGAAGAGGAUACAGAGGAUGAAAGCCGGUUUAGUUCUUUGUGCUUCAUUAAUGAGCAUAUUGGAUUUCAGGGUACGAUAAAGAGCUCACCAAGUGACUUUAUUGUUACUGAGAUUAAUGAACAGGGACAAUUAGUUAACGAAACCAUCGAUGAACCUGUUUUGGUUAAUAAAAUGCUGCCAGAGCUGAGUAAUUUUGCCAAGAAGCCAAAACUAGAUCUUCAAAAUUUGUCCUUUGAAGAUAGAAGUAACCAAGAAAAUACUUCGCCUGUUUGCUCCAACGGUGACCAAAAUCAUCAGUCAGAUUCAGAAAAAAAUACUAUUGAUGACAGGACUUCCAAACAUGAAGAAGAAAACGUUGAUGUCUUGCGCUCUUUUUUAGAUGGAAAAACUAAUGAAUCCCUGAAUAAGUUUGCCUGUCAAAUAAAGGAGAAGUGGAAUUCAAAAACUGAGUCAUCUGAACCAUUCCCUGAAUUUUCAUUAGGCAGAAUCCUUGACAAAAACCAGAGGGCUAGUUUACAUAGUGCUGUUAGGCAAAAAUUUCCUUUUUUAAUAACUGUAGGAAAAAACAGUGAAAUUGUUGUAAAACCAAACCUUGAGUAUAAAGAACUCUGUCACCUGGUAUCUGAAGAGGAAGCAUUGGACUUUUUUAAAUAUUUAGAUGCUAAGAAAGAAAAUUCCAAGUUUACUUUUAAACCUGAUGCAAACAAAGACCACAGAAAAGCUGUCCACCAUUUUGUCAACAAGAAGUUUGGAAACCUUGUGGAAACCAAAUCUUUCCCCGAACAGAAUUACAGCGCUAGUAAUCCGAACACAGUGAUAACGGUAAGAUUUCGGGAGAAAACACGCAAGCGUGGAAAAAGGUCUCUUGUUGAAUGCCGAGAAGGAAAAAUUGUACACACAGCUUUCACACUGCAAAAGGAAAAUCUGGAGAUGUUCGAAGCAGUUGGUUUUUUAGCUAUCAAACUUGGUGUGAUUCCUUCUGACUUCAGUUAUGCAGGCCUUAAAGACAAGAAAGCCAUCACCUACCAGGCAAUGGUCGUAAGAAAAGUGACUCCAGAGAGGUUGAAAAAUAUUGAAAAAGAAAUUGAAAAGAAAAGAAUGAAUGUGUCUAACAUUCGAUCUGUAAGUGAAUCCCUUAGACUUGGUCAGCUCAAAGGAAAUCACUUUGAUAUUGUCAUUCGAAAUUUAAAAAGUAAAGAAAACGAUUCUGCAAACCUGAGAGAGAGAAUCUGGGAAGCAAUAGAAAAUGUUAAGACUAAAGGUUUUGUGAAUUACUAUGGACCACAGAGAUUUGGGAAGGGAAGGAAAGUUCACACAGACCAAAUUGGAUUGGCAUUGCUGAAGAGUGAAAUGGUGAAGGCCGUAAAAUUAUUUCUUACACCAGAGGACUUGGAAGAUCCUGUAAAUAAAGCCAAGACAUUUUUUCUUCAGACUGAGGAUGCUAAAGGCACGCUUUCCCUGAUGCCUGAGUUCAAAGUUCGCGAGAGAGCGCUGUUGGAGGCGUUACAUCGCUUCGGCAUGACGGAGGAGGGGUGCACCCAGGCGUGGUUCUCUUUUCCCCAUUCUAUGCGCAUAUUCUACAUUCAUGCAUAUAGUAGCAAAAUCUGGAACGAGGCGGUGUCGUAUAGACUUGCAACCUAUGGAUCAAAAGUGGUGGAAGGUGAUUUGAUCUGCUUGGAUGAAGACAUUGAUGAGCAUUUCCCCAGUAGUAAAGUUCACCUGGUAACUGAAGAAGAGGAAGCGGCUAGUACGUACGCAAUACACCAGGUGGUUCUUCCAGUACUUGGAUACAAUAUUCAGUACCCAGCGAACAAAGUAGGGCAGUGGUACAGGGAAAUACUUAGCAGAGAUGGACUACAGACAUGUAGGUUUAAAGUGCCUGCUCUGAAACUGAAUGUGCCAGGGUGCUACAGGCAGAUACUGAAGCAUCCCCAUCGUCUCUCAUUCCAGCUAAUGGGAGAUCUUGGUACUGAUGUCACAAUGCCAGGUUUCUCGAAGGAUGAAGCGGCUGGAUCUCUUUUGAUCUCUUUUGAUCUUGAUGCUUCGUGUUAUGCUACAGUUUGUCUGAGGGAAAUAAUGAAGCAUGACGUUUAACACGGAUAGCCUUGAUACACUUGAAUAUGUGUCACUCUUUGAGGAAAGAGAGGUAACAUCUUUGAGCAUCUUCUGUAUGCUAGGAGCUUCAUAAUUGUUGUCGCUUAGUUUUCACAGCAUCCUCGGAAGUUGGAAGUUGAUGCUUUAAAGUUCCAUGAAAGUGUCAGAGUCGGUUUAAGAUCUGUGUGACUCAGCGCCUCGUUCUUCCUGUCAUGCCAUGCUUCAGUGACGUUUGUUCAGUCAUGAGUUUUACAGUCUUUUUAAGCUACUGAAAAUAUAUACUGUAAGGUAACAUUUAAGAAAAAAGUAUUGUAAAGUAAUACUCAGAUAUUGUAGCUCAUUGGUGGUGAACUUGUGGCAGGUGUGCUGCAGUGGGAACGUGGAGUCCCGUCUGUCAGCCUGUGAGUCCAGCUGCCCCAGCAUCGCCCCAGCAACCAAGCACGGGGGAUUCGGGAUUCAUUGCAGUGUUGGCACUUCGUGAUAAAGAGGUGGGUUUUGGGUUGCAGUUUUUACCCCUUUAUGAGAUAAAUAAUCUUUGAUGAAGGAUGAAAUAAAACUUUUCAUACAGUUUUUGUAUCUUGGUCUACAUUAACUCCCUAUUUUUUCUAUGAUCUGAAACUCAGGUUUUAGAGUCGCACAGGUUUGUGCUGUGGCUGCAGCUCCCACAUGCGCUAGUGUCUAGCAUAUGCUAUUAUUUUUAAGAAUCAAGGCAGGUGGGUGUGGUGGUAUGUGGGAAAAAGAGGUCCAGAGGUCUGGUUGACAGCCGUGGCGGAGGAACGAGUCUGAGCAAACUCGGACUCCUCGGCAAACCGAGUAAAUUGCCCUGCCUAGACUGUCCCGCUCUGACCUCUUAUUUCCGCACCGCCCCUGUCAAUAAUACCACCUCCAGACCAUGCCCCUAGCCCGCCUUUAUUGCCACGCCUCUAGCCUGCUCUAUAAAACAGCUGAUACUUCCGCAAUAAAAACGGAUCUGCGCCAUCA